AUGUAUGUGGAUUGGCUCGUAAAUAUGGUACUGUCCGCGCAUGCUUCUGUACACGAUUAUGGAGCUAUUACGGCGAGAGGAGAUAUUGUGCCGGUGGCUUAUCGGAGUUUCCGGGGCAUACAGAUGCCGUCUGUGCUUGAAGCCUUGCGCGGUUGUGGGUGGCGGCUGCUGCUGACAAAGGAAACAGUGGAGGCCAUCGUUUAUCGGCGCUUUCCAGGCCAGCUAAAUGCUGACCUGCGUGAACUUGCGAUCGGAAGCCGCAUGGUGAUCGGAAGCCCUAGCGAUUAUGGAAUUAAAAGGGGCUUCUGA